AUGGCUCUGGAUGAGAGAGAGGCAGGGAUGGCCAACUCCACAAGUGAUCCAGAGACGGGCAAAGACACAGAAGAUCUGACAAAAGGCCUGGAGGAACUCCGUGAGAGCCUCGAAGAGGAGAAGAGUGAGAAGGCUCUGCUGCAUUCACGCCUAGAACAGCAGCAUCACCUUAUCUGUAUACUGAAGAAAAAAGCAGACGACGCACGCAAACGCUGCAGAGACCUGGAGCAGCUCAACAUGGAGCUGGAGAAACUGAGGACAGAGGAUGCUGUGAAAAUGAAAACCCAGACCCAACGGAUUCAGCACUUGGAGGGGCGCAUCACGGAUCUGGCCAAGAACCAUGAAAAAAUGAUGCAGUUCAGGGAUGAACACAGGAAACGGCAUAUGCGGCUGCAGGAGGAGAAUAAGCACCUGCGGCAGAACGAAGUGCUUUUCAGCCAGACUGUGAAGGAGAAGGAAGCUGAAGUUCUCCAGCUCGCUGCCCAGGCCAGAAAGCUCUCGCAGCAGUUAGACUCCUUAUAGGAGAAAUGUGCUUAUGAGACUCGCAGAGCCCAAGAGCGAGAAAAGGAGCUGCUAGAAGCUCAGAGACAGCAAGCAAGUGCCCACGCCUGGGAAGUCAACGCACUAAAAAACCAGCUGCAACGCUGGCAGGAGGAGCACCAACAAACCGUUGCACAGGUAGAGCACGCAGAAAGUCAGCAGAGGACUCAGGGCAUCGAGCUGCAGGCCAAGCUGGAGAGGGUGAACGAGGAGAAAGAGCGACUACUGAACCUGGCCACGGAGAGGGGCAAAGCUCUGCAAGAUAAGCAGCAACGGGAAAUUGAGCAGCUGGGGAAGAAGCUGGAGGCUGCAGAAGAAGCCAGGCAGAGAGCAGGGAAGCGCCUCAUGAAAGAGGCAGCAGCAGUGGACAAUGAUCUGAAGGUCCAAGAGCUCCAACGACAGCUCGAAAGCAGCAAGCAGGCAUACAACGAACUCUCGCUGCAGUUUGACGCUUACAGAAAGCACGCUAUGGAUUUGCUGACUAAAGAAAAAGCGCUGAACGUCAAACUCCGUCAUUUUAUUGCGUAA